AUGUAAGAAAUCGCUCUUCUUUUAGCAAAGAAUAGCGUACAGAUAGCUAUAUUUUUAUAUUUCCAUAGAGACAAUGGAUUUGACACUAUAAGUUCUAUAAAUUUCAUGACAUUUUUUUUGAUUUUGAUGUCAUAUUUUUGCAAAUAACAAUUAGCAAGAGCUUUCAAUUCACAAAUGCUUGAUUCUUAAAUGUUGUUAAGAAUUGUGUUAACUGUAAUCGUUACUUUGCUUAAUCAGACAUUCUUCGUUUAUAAUUUGAUAACAUAUACUUUCUUAGUACACGAUUUAGCUGAUCAUAUUUUUACUAUUUGUGAAUACUAUUAUAAAAAGCACAAUGAAGCAGAUUUGAUGAUCAUUCCAAAUUAUAAGAGCAGCUUCCUCAGCAUAGUUUAGAUUAUUAUCGCAUUUGUAGUUUUUGUUAAAGAUGUCGGGACAAAGGAACUAUUCAUUGCCAUUACUUUAGCAUUUUUAGAAAUAGCAACUAAAUUGGGAAGAACUCAAUUACUACAGCUCACUAGAGUAGAUACAAAAGCAUUUGACGGAAUUACAAUCUCACUCUGUGUUUUAGUUCAUUUAGUUAUUGCUAUAAUUAGAACCAUUUAUUAUGGCAAAUUCUAAUUGUUGUCUGAAAGUAGUAAAGCAGAAAAUCCAUUUUAAGACUUUGGCCAUCUUUUAAUAUUCAUGCUGAUUUCAAUAGUUUUUUCAUACUUUACUAAUGAAGGCUUAAAGGGUCAAUUGCAUUUGUAAAAGAGAAAUAGAUAUUAAUCAGCAAUUUUAUGGGUUCUUUUGGUUAUUAACAAACUUGUUAUUGAAUCAAAAGAUAUGGAAUGGAACACACAAUCUUUGAUUAUUAUUUAUGGCAUAUUAGCUCUUUGCGAACUCAUUAAUAUGGAAAGCCCAAAAAUUAAUCACUUGAUUGUAUCUUCUGAUUAAAAUAUAAUUAUGGGAAAUGUAGUUUUAAACUCCUCAAAUUUCUAAGGAGUAGAGAUGUACGACAAAGUAUCCUUAAGCAACUUUAUAUAACAUAUAAGGAGAAAUCAGGAUAGUAAAAAGCUUAUUUUUAUGCUCUCCUUUAACUUCUCAUUUAUGUUUGUAGAGCUAAUCUACGGCCUUUUGUCUAACUCUCUCAGUUUAAUCUCUGAUUCUGCUCACAUGCUUUUUGACUCAAGUGCACUUGCAAUUGGUUUGUAUGCUUCUUUUAUGUCAAAACUAAAACCUUCCCCAACGUACUCUUUUGGAUUUGAAAGAUUCUCAACUUUAUCAGGAUUCAUUAAUGGAUUAUUUUUAAUUGUUGUUGCCUUUGAUAUUUUUACUGAAUCAAUUGAAAGAAUAUAUUCUCCUUAAAAGGUUUUGUUUGAUAAGAUGAUGGUUGUUAGUGUAAUAGGUCUUAUUAUCAAUUUAGUAGGGUUAUGCUUCUUCCAUGAGCAUGCUCACGCUCAUGGUGGCGAUGAUGAUGAAGGUGGUGGAUGUCCUCAUUCUCAUUCUCACAAAAAAACACAAAACUAAACAAAAACUACUUGUUCCACUCUCCCAAAUACUAAAAAAAACACAUCAGCAAGUCAACACUCUCAUAAGGAAGAAGGUUGCCAUGAUCAUGAGCAUAACCACGACCAUGAUCACGAUCACCAUCAUCAUGACCACGAUCACGAUCACCACCAUCAUGACCAUGACCAUGAUCACGAUCAUGAGCAUAACCACGAUCACGAUCAUGAUCAUCACCACGACCAUGAACAUGAACAUGAUCAUUGUCAUGACCAUGAUCACGACCACAAUCAUGACCAUGAACACGAUCACAAUCACAAUCAUGAUCAUGGCCAUGAUCAUGGACAUAGCCACAGUCAUGGCGAAGGCCAUAAUGAAAAUUUAACUGGUGUUUUUCUUCACAUUUUAGCUGAUGCUUUAGGAAGUGUUGGUGUUAUUAUAUCAUCUAUUUUAAUAUACUAUUAUGGAUGGUAUAUUUCUGAUCCAAUUACAUCAUGUAUUAUUUCGAUAUUUAUCUUUAUCAGUGUCUUUCCUUUACUCAAAGGUUCGUUUACGACAUUACUUCAAGGAUAUAAUAUUAAGAAAUACCAUGUUUAACUCGAAGAAAUAAUAUAAAAGUUAAGUGGUCAUUAAGAUAUUGAGAGAUACAGUGAAAUUCACCUUUGGGCAUACACGUCAAAUAAUCUUGUUUUUACUGUGAAAGUUCACAUAAGAGACAUUAGAAAAAGAUUUAAAGUUCUUAAAGAAGUCAAAAAAAUAUUAAACUCUUAUAAGAAUAUUAAGUACUAAACCAUAGAAAUAAUUUGUGACAAGUAAGAAGAAUUAAGUGAAAUUAGCCAUUUUUCGUAAUCAAAUGCAGAAUAAGGAUUGCUAAGUGAAUAAAAUAGUAAUAUUAGAGGAAAAUCUAACAGCUAUUAAGAUAAUGAAGUAAAUUCAGACGAGGUUUAAUUAAUCUGA